AUUGAGGUCGUCCAAGAAAAUACAAACCCAUUGUUCAAUCAACCUCAAUCUACUCGUCGUCCCGGUUCUUUAUCUUUCCUUUUUCCCUUUCCCAACCGUUCAUUAUUUUCAAGAAGGUGGGAUGGCAAGGAGUUCAUUCAAGCAAGAGCAUGAUCUUGUGAAGAGGCGUGCUGAGGCGGCUAGGAUUAGGGAAAAAUACCCAGAUAGAAUUCCGGUGAUCGUUGAGAAGGCAGAAAGAAGUGAUAUUCCUAACAUUGACAAGAAAAAGUAUCUCGUCCCAGCUGACUUGACAGUAGGGCAGUUUGUUUAUGUUAUUCGCAAAAGAAUCAAAUUGAGUGCGGAGAAAGCAAUUUUCAUAUUUGUUGACAAUGUGCUUCCACCAACGGGGGCAAUCAUGUCUGCAAUUUACGAUGAGAAGAAGGACGAAGACGGUUUUCUCUAUGUUACCUACAGCGGAGAGAACACAUUCGGGGACCAUAUCCCGGUCUAAAGCCACUACAAGAUUCAGUCUCAAGCCAUUCCACCAUUUCCACUGCGAUAAGAUUGUGAAUAAAAUCAUCACUGUUACUUUUACUGUUAACACUUUAUGUAUAGCAAAUAUCCCUGUAUAGUUGCGGACUACCCUACCAAGUGUGCCGAAAUCAACUGGCCUAUUAUCAUAAAUAACCAUUUGGAAUCGACGUUCUUCCUCCCCGUGUUCUUGUUUGA